AUGCUCCUGCACCCUCACUUUGACACUGUCGGAGACCUUGUGAUCGUCGCUCCCGACGGCGACCACAUGGUCGGUUUUAGGAUCCAGAGCUGGACCUUGGGCUCCUCGUGCGCCAAAUUCGCCUUCCUCGGCAAGAAGAAGCUCCGUACAGAGUGCUACAAAGUCAAGGAGCCAGCCCACGACGUCCACGCCUUCCUCCUCUUUCUCGUUUCUGACUGCACCACGCUGCAGCUCGACGUCGUGCAGUGCGCGGCCGUCUACCGCCUGAUUCACCUCUGGGGCGGAAAGGGGUACCUCUUUACAGUACUCACGGGGUAUGUGUACGCCAAUGCCAACCGCCUUGUCGGCGCUCUCGGCGCUCGUCCUCCGCGCAUGGGUAUCACCGUUCUCCUUCGCCUCGCAGCCGACGUGCGUGGCACCGAGCUCUGGGCCUUGUUCAUUGCCCACCUCCGCAACGGCCACUGGCGCGACGUCGCAAACCCUACCACCAUGACCGCAAAGGAGAUUUCGGAGAUUGGCCCCAGCGCGUACCGUGCUCUCAUCUUCCUCGCGACUUUUGGCGACCCCACGAGGCUGUGGAGCGGCAUCGAGACUUGCACCGUCGGUCGCGACAACGCGGGUGCGUUCUACAUUCUGCGCAUCACCUCAACGGGUCAGAUCAUGUAUUCGGACAACAGUCUCUGA